GAGCUUGGCCGGAGUCCUCCGAGUCUGCUGACUGCGUGCGCUGUCGGGUGUCCCGCUUUCUUCGCUCCUUUUUGAUUCCGGUCCUGGGAAGCGCUGAUCUCUCAUCUCUUUUUUGGCUGUGGGUGUCCCGGCCGGGCUCUCUCUCUCUCCGCACAUGUUCCUAGGGCGCCAUCUCUUUGCAAAACCCUCCGUCCUCCCGCAGGUCUCCCAGAGGCUGCUUCGGAGCGUGUGAACAUCGCAGGCUCCAGCGCAGUCCAACCUGCGGAGCCAAGCAUGCUUCCCAGCCCCCGAGGCUGCCCGGGCUGCCGCUCCGCCUAGACCUCUCUGGCUCUCCAGCUAGGCAGCGCUCUUUCCUUGAUUUCCCUGUCCCCGGCACACUUGUGGACCAAACUUUCCGGAAGCUGACUGAGGACGUGAACCUGACUUUUUUUUUUAGCAGAGGUUUUAAGACCCGGAGGAUACAAUGUUCACUAAACUCUUCCAGCAGUGGAGUUUCGCGGUGUUUCUGCUGAGUUAUUCCGUGCCCUCUCACGGGAGAUCAGUUGAGGGGAUCAGCCGCAGACUCAAACGAGCUGUAUCAGAGCACCAGCUAUUACAUGACAAGGGCAAGUCAAUCCAAGAUUUACGGAGAAGAAUAUUCCUUCAAAAUUUAAUUGAAGGUGUCAACACUGCAGAGAUCCGUGCAACUUCAGAGGUUUCACCUAACCCUAAGCCUGCUACCAACACGAAGAACUACCCUGUACGAUUUGGUAGUGAAGAUGAGGGCAGAUACCUAACUCAGGAGACAAACAAAUCACAGACCUACAAAGAGCAGCCCAUGAAGGUAUCAGGGAAGAAAAAGAAAGCAAAGCCUGGAAAACGCAAGGAACAAGAGAAGAAAAAGAGACGAGCCCGCUCAGCUUGGCUAAAUUCUGGCAUGUAUGGAAGCAUCGUGACUGAGAGCCCACUCUUGGACAACACUGUUACUACACAUAAUCACAAUUUAAGGAGGCGCUGACAUAUUCAGCAAGAGAUUUUUGGAAGACAUAUUGCAGUAUUCUGUAAUAGUGAACAUAUGGGAAGUAUUAAAAUAUUUAUUACCUGUAAAUAUUGUAAAUGCUCAGAAUAAAACCUUUCCCCCCAUUGCUCUCUGAAACUGCACAUUUGGUUAUUGUGAAUUUUCCCCCUUUUUUCUUUUUUCUUUUUUUUUUUUUGCUAAGGCUAAGACAAUUAUUAUUGUCACAUUUACCAUAAUUUAUUUUGUUGACCGGUGUAUUUAUUUUGUGAACGUAUCUUGGUGCUGCUGACUUUCUAUAUUUUUUGUAACAUAAUGCACUUUAGAUAUACAUAUCGAGUACAUUGAUAACUGACAUAAAAUGUUCCUGUCUUGUGGUUGACUUCAAUGAAUGCCUACAUACAAUUGUUCAAAUUGAUUUUCCUUUGUGCAUGUAUAAUAGCAAUAUUUUAAAAUUUGUAAAGAAUGUCUAAUAAAAUAUAAUCUAAUUAAAUCAUGA